AUGGAUGAGAAUGAAGCCGAUACCCUUUUAGAUUCCAGUGUGGAUGAUGUGAAUAGCUCUACUGUCGAACCGAUGGAUGAAGAGGUGCAAUAUUUGAAUGGAUAUAUUAAUGACUUCGUUGACGAGUCUGGGCGAUUUGAUUAUAAUGAUGAAGCGUUUGUAGGGGAUACUGAUGCUUUAAAUACAGCCGGCCUUUGGUCUGACGAAGAGUCAGAGCAAGCUGAGAGCGAAGAAGAAGCUUCAUCCACACUUGACAAAACGUCUACACAGAAAGAUUCUGAGGCUGAUGACAAUGAAUGGGAGGAAGACUUGAAAGCAGCUGUUGGCUUUAGACGUGCUAAGAAAAGCUCUCGAGGUCGUGGUCGUGUAAGUCGUGCGGACAUGCUUCCCUCUGUUGAAGUUCAGCAAUUAUUGAGUCUGGCAAAUCGGUUAUUCGCUCAAGAGGGGAACUUUGCAGAGGCACAAAAAAUUGCUGAAGAAAUUGUUCGCAUUGAUAACAAUGUGAUUGCCGCUUGGAAAAUGUUGGGCGAAUGUCAUCGUCAGAGAGGUAACGAGAAGGUUAAUAUUGAAAAGUGUUUGAUUGCUUGGAUGGCUGCAGCUCAUCUCAAGCCAAAGGAUCAUGAAUUGUGGGCCACCUGCGCGCAUCUUAGCGAAAGUUUAGAAUUUUGGGAUCAAGCAGAUUAUUGUUAUUCUCGUGGAAUCUUAGCAAAACCAACCAAAGAAAGUUUACUUAAUGAGUACAUUUUCAACAGAUCUAUUUUAAAUAAGGAUCAUGGAUCAUUAAAAAAAGCUGCCGAGGGGUUUCGACAACUGCUUCCUUCUUCUCCUUUUGAUGUAUCUUUGUUAAAGCAUCUGGCUGAGGUAUAUAUAAGAAUUCGUACUCCCGGUGAAGCUCUUAAUGCUUUUGAAACUUCCUGGGCGCAUUAUUAUCAGUACCCAGUACCACCUGUCGGCAAAGGCGUUUUUGAUUUACCCGCCUUGAAUCUUUAUGCUGAACUUUUGCUAUUAGAUCAUCAAUGGUCUAAUGCUAUUCAGCUCAUUAAUCGAGGUGUACGCUGGUUUCGUGGAAGGAAAUCAGAAGUCCAUUGGGACGACUACGAUGACGAUCGUGAGUGGGAUAUAGAUGAAAGACGGAGGAAGUUUGAUGCUUCAUCCUUACAAGAAAAUUCUGAAGAAACAUAUCAUCUACCUUAUCUACUAAGAGCUAAACUGGGAAUCGCAAGGAUUAAGAUUGGCGAACUUGAAGAAGCUGCCCACCAUUUUUCUAUAAUAAAAACCCUUCCUCUUGAGUACAUCUCGGUUGUUUUGAACAAUAUUGCAAAAGCCUAUAUGGAGAUUGAGCGCUUAGAUUUGGCAUUGGAAUAUUACAUACUUUUGAGUGGCCAUGGUCCUGCUCAAAACAUCCAGCUCUGGUUUGAUAUGGGUCUUUGCUAUCUCGAAUUAAAGGAAUUUGAACAUGCACAACAAUGCAUGGAAGCUAUUUUACUUGUAGACAAUAAUAAUAUCAAUGCGCUUGUGAAACUGGCCGAGAUCAAUGAGCUACAGGAUAAUCGCGAUGCAGCGCUGGCAAUUGUUACUAGUAUAAUAGAACUUCAAAAAGCGACACCUGAAAAUGAGAAGGGAACCAUGGAAUUAACGGGUCGUGAAAGCGAUCUUGGUUCUCGAUUACUCAUCAAUAAACAGAGAUUACCACAAGACGGAUGGGAAAAGCGGGCUCAAAUUAGCCGAUCCAGGGAAGAAGCACGACAGUACAAGAUCUGGAAAACCGAACAUACUCAAAGAAGGUUUGAAAAACUUGGUGCAUUGUUUGAAAACUUACAAGUUGACUCGACAAGUUUCGAAACACUUCUUUGGAUGAACAUUGCAUCCGAAUUAAUCGAUGAAUUUGUAAACACAAAAGCUCUAUAUCCAAAUGAGCGAAAAGCGAGAUCAAAAACUAAUUUGCUAACAAGACAUGUACGAAUCCAUUCGCUAAAGGAGCAACUUAUGAAUAUGAUUAAUCGACUUAAUGACUCAAUCACUCAUUCAAAAUGGGGCGACGUCGGCUUGGAAACGGUUUUACAUACAAAAAUGUUUCGUGAUGUUUCUAUCGACGCUUGGUUUCAGCUUUUUGUACAAUACGCACUUCAAGAAGUCAAGUCUGGAACAGUAAAACAGGCUUAUGAAGUUUUAAAAGCAGGUAUGGCUACUCCUGUGUUUGAACAGGAUCCAUUAAAGCGUCAGAAUCUGCGGUGGUGCAUGCUGGCAUGUGCUAUUCACGCUAGAGAUUCUCAAACAGCACUCGGUCCUCUCCGAUGGACAUUCACGAGUUUCCAGUUUCGUCAAGACACAUACAGACUUUUUUCCGGUAUACUAAGUUCCGGUUAUGAAUGCUCUCGAACGUUCGUGGACAGCGCUAAUCAAAAGUUUUUGCUUCGUCUAGUAAAACUAAUGGAUCAACUAAUGAGCAAGUCUUCCGUUCCUGGUGCUGCUACCUUAUCGAAGAAUGAAGACGGACUGGCAACGGUGCCUACAUCUUACGAUCCUAUUCUGUUCUUACUUUAUGGGCAUAUUAUGGCCCGUAGUAGGAGUUGGAUUCCAGCAAUCAAUUAUUAUAGUCGAGCUUAUGUGAUGAAUCCAGACUGUCCAAUGACAAACCUAUCUAUUGGCUUGGCUUAUAUUCAUCGUGCUAUGCAAAGGCUUUCCGAUAAUCGACACUAUCAGAUUCUACAGGGGUUCACAUUUUUAUAUCACUAUUAUGAUUUACGAUCCAAAAUUGGCAUAGGAGAGAAGCAGGAGGCUCUUUAUAAUUUGGCAAAAGCUUACCAUUUUCUUGGAUUGGAACACCAUGCUGUACAAUAUUAUGAAAAGGUAUUAGAAUUAUCGCCUAUGGGAACCGUAAACGACUUGACGGUACAACAGAAAGAAGGAAGCAGGGUUAAUCCUACCUAUGAUUUUGCCUACGAAGCUGCUUAUAAUAUUCGGCUUAUAUAUAUAUCUAGUGGAAACUUGAAUCUGGCUUUUGAAGUAACUAAACAGUAUUUAGCUUUGUAA